GUUUCCCAUUAUCAUAAUCUACAGUAGUUUUAAGGCUUUGUAUACACCAAUUUAUCGAUUACAUCUUGCAUCCUUCACAAAUUACAAUCUACUAUUAUCUUUCUCAAAACCCACAGUUAUGGCUGAUUUUGGAAUCUCCAUUGUUGAAAAGCUCAUAGAGGUGAUUGGGAGUGAGCUCAUCAAACACAUUUUUUACCGUUGGGGCUACAAAUCUGAGCUUGAAAAACUUGAAAAAACCAUCAUAUUCAUCAAGGCUGUGCUCGUUGACGCUGAGGCUAAGCGCAACCUUUCAAUGGCACAACAGGGCUAUAUAUCCGAUCUCAAGGCUGCUGUUUACGAUGCUGAUGACUUGUUCGAUGAGCUCUUCACUCUGGCUAAGCUCAAUGAGAUCGAUGGCAACAGGGGUGGUAAGUUCUUCGAAAAGGUACGUGCCUUCUUUUCUUCAAAGAAAGACAAGGUUAGUCGAGCUAAACAGAUGUCUCGUAGAGUUAAGGAAAUUAGGAAGCAAUUGGAUACUAUUGCUGACGAUCAUAAUAAAUUUGGGCUUAUUAACUAUACCCCUAUUGUUAGGAGGCGGGAGGAAACUUGUUCUUAUGUUGAUGUAAAGGAUAUUAUUGGGAGGGAUUCUGAUAAGAAGGAAAUCUUAGAUGUGCUGUUAGAUCCUAGUGCUAGUGAUGAAUUUUGUUUCUUGACUAUUGUGGGACUGGGUGGAUUGGGAAAAACGGCUCUUGCUCAACUUGUAUUUCAAUAUGAGAGCAUUCAAAAGGGGUUUUUGUCAUUAUGGGUAUGUGUUUCAGAUCAAGAUGGGGCACAAUUUGAUGUGAUGACAAUACUUUGUAAAAUUUUAGAAUUACUUACUAAUGAGAAGCUAGAUAAUAGAUCCUUGUUUGAGUUAGUGCAAAGGAAGUUUCAAGAGCAAAUUAGUGGAAAAAAGUACUUUUUAGUUCUUGAUGAUAUAUGGAAUGAGGAUUAUGCAAAUUGGAAGGAAUUGGAGAAAUUCUUGAGGAUGGGUCUAGUGGGAAGCAGGAUUGUGGUAACCACUCGUUCAGAGAAGACAGCUUGUUGCAUAGGAAGUAAGCAUGUCCAUAAGUUAAAAGGUUUGUCCGAGGAGGAUUCGUGGUCUUUAUUUGAGAUGACAGCAUUUGGAGAAGGAGAAAAAGAUGAAGAGUUAGUUAAGAUAGGGGUGAAUAUCGUCAAAAAAUGUUGUAACAAUCCUCUUGCUAUAAAAGUUAUAGGAAGUCUUUUACAUGGUCAAGUAAGAAAUAAGUGGGAGUCAAUUGAAGAGAGUGAUUUGGGUGAAAUUAAGGAGGGUAGUGACCAAAUUUUGCAUACAUUGAAGCUUAGUUACUACAAUCUUACACCCUCGUUGAAGAGUUGUUUUAGUUACUGCGCAAUAUUUGCGAAGGAUGAAGAGAUAUAUAGGGAGCAGUUGAUUGACCUUUGGUUGGCACAGGGAUAUAUUGUACCGUUAGAUGGGGGUCAAAGUUUAGAAGUUGCUGCGGAGGAAUAUUUUUUAAUUUUGUUGCGAAGGUGUUUUUCUCAGGAUGUAGUGAAGAAUAAGUAUGGUGAUAUUAAAUUUGUUAAAAUGCAUGACUUAAUCCACGAUAUUGCUCAAGAAGUGAGCAAAGACGAAAUUUGUGUUGUAAAUUCUAAAACAAAGAAUGUGGGAGAGAAGGUACGUCAUUUGAAUGAUGAUUGUAAAUAUGAAAAGCAUAUAAUGUGUUGUGCUAAGAUUCGUUCAUACUUUUCGAAUGGAAUGGUUGAUAAAGAAGUAGAGAACAUGACUGCUUUAAGGACAUUGGUUGUGUUUUCAGGUGUUGAAAGAUUGAUAUCAUCAUCUUGGCAUAAGUUUUUGCUUUUGAGAUGUGUUUACUUACAUGAUGAUGAAUUGUUAGCACUACCUGAUUCCUUUACAAGACUCUAUAAUCUACAAACAUUAAUUUUAAAAUCUGAACGAUUAGAGGAGUUGACAAAAGACUUUGGUAAUUUGAUUAACCUUAGGCAUUUGGACAUAAGCGGAUGUCAUCGCUUGAUAGGUAUGCCUUUAGGUAUUGAUAAAUGUACAAAUCUUAGAACUUUACCAUAUUUUGUAGCGGGCAAUGGGAAUUCAUAUGCAAAACUCAAAGUGUUACAAGUUCUCAAUAAGAUCAAAGGAAGCAUCCGUAUCUUAAUAAGAGAAAAUUAUGAACAUGUGGAUGAAGUGAGUGAUACAGAAGGAGGUUAUUUGAAAGACACGAAACAUCUCACUAAUGAGCUUAAUAUUAAAUUUGAAGGUGAGUGUAUUAAUCUUGAAGGCCUCAUGAAAAACUUGCAACCACCUUCCCCUCUCAAGAGUAUAAAGUUGUACAGCUACAAUGGUAAAACAAUACAAUGGUUUGCAAUCUCUCCCCUACAUCAUCUUAUCCGCAUUAAGAUCAAAAGGUGUGGUAAGUUGGGGCAAAUAUCUGGGCUUAGUAAACUGCUCCAUCUGAAAUCAUUGAAACUUCGUGACUUAUAUAGUGUAGAGUAUAUGGAGGAAGGAAUGAGCAAUAGCAACGAUGAUACAAAAGAAGUGGUUGAUUUCUUUCCUUCUCUUGAAUUUCUAGAAAUUCAUGGAAUGGAAGAGUUGAAAGGAUGGUGGAAGGAGGGAGGUAUGAGAUUGAGAUUUCCCACUCUAUGUACGUUGCGGAUUGAAGAUUGCCCUAAAUUGGCUUCAUAUUUCAUUUGCCCUAGCUUGGAAGAUUUGUACUUAAAAAAUAUCAAUGAAAGGUUGGUAAUAACUUGUGAGAAUUAUCAAGUUGAUGUGAUCACCAAACCGAGGGAUUUUUUUAUAAGAUGCAAGGUGAGUCAUCUCAAAUCACUACGCUUAAAUGGUAUUACUAAACUCACCCUAAAUGAUUGUAUCGAUUCAGAGGUGGAGAGCUUUGUAGAAUUCAAAGAGGAAUUAAAUCAGAGUUGUGCUUCUUCCCUCCAAACACUUACAAUUCUAUGUUGUGACAAUCUGAGGAGACUUUCAGGGUUGGAGUCCCUUACAGCCUUGCAGAAGCUGUCAUUGCAUCAAAAUUACAAUUUGAGCAUCAAUGAAGAUGACGAAGAGCCUUGGAAAUCCUUUCAUUCCCUUCGUGAACUCAGAUUUAAUUAUCUCCCAGAAAUGAAAAGUCUGCCUAAAGGGAUGCAACACUUGACCUCCCUCCAAUACCUCCAACUUUUAAGUUGUGGACUACAAGGGCUACCACAAUGGAUGAGUUGCUUAUCAUCUCUGCAAUCUCUAUUUAUAUUUAAUUGUUCAGGCAUCGAAUCAUUUCCAGAAGCAAUGAUGAUGGUUCAAUACCAGAUUGUCCAGAUCUAAUAAAAACAUGCAACAAUUCCGACAGAAAGAAAUUCCAGAAAAUCAAACACAUCCCAAAAAUCAAAGCGAUGAAUCUUCUGAUGAUGAUUAGCGCGUGGCGUGAAUAUAAGAAGGUUAUUCAGUCUUACAUGCAACUUAAAUAGAAGGCAUAUACUACUCGGAAGUAUCACCUGCAAUUCUUGUUACUGAAUAUUCAAGAAAUUGAUUUUGAACUUUGAUAUUCUGUUCAUAAAUUGUAAACUCGAUCUUAUGCACUCAAUUCGUAGGUUUUGUUAGACUUCUCUUUAGUUUAAUAAGGUUGACUAGCUAUGUACUUUUUUUACUAGGUUAUUUAUUUAGGACCGAAGAGAAAAGUCAAUAAAGAAGCGUUGAAUUCUACGGGUUGGAUAACCCUAGGCGGAGAGUAGCCAUUUAUGGUGAACUUCGUUAACAAUUUAUUGUGUUUUGUUUAUUUUAUUUUUGCUUAUUUAUC